GCUGAAUCUGGAUCAGUCGCUCCAGAUGCUACCAAAUCCCUCAAUUUGUGACAAUUGACAAUUUGACACAAGACAACGUGAGCUGAAACACUGCGGACAUAGAAAUGACAACUCUACUGCUGUUCUUUCUCUCAGGUCUUUUUGGGGUGUCCUUUACAGUCCCUAGGCAGUUCUACUUUGUGAAUAGCCCAAUGACUUGGGCAGAGGCUCAGAGUUACUGCAGAGCGAAAUACACAGAUCUAGUAUCUGUGCACAAUAUGGAGGACAUGGACAAGGUGAAAAAAGCUGUGGGUUUAAAAUACCAAGACUGGAUGUGGAUAGGUCUGAUCAAGAAUGCCACUAACAUAGAAGAUUUCGACUGGUCUGACCAAGCAGACUCCUCAUUUAGAUUUUGGGGAAAUGGUGACCCAGACCAAAAUCCUCUCUACCGAUGUGUCACUGUAAAUCCUUUAGAAUCCUGGAGAUGGAAUGACCGCUUUUGUAAUUGGUUCAUUCCUUUUGUCUGCAGCCAUGAUGAAGGAAAAAUAACAACUUUGCGAGUGAAAAUCAAAUGUAAUGAAUGUAAAAAUCUGAAUGAAACAACGGUCAAUCAGAUCAAAUCAGUGGUCAACAAUCAAGCGGGUUUCAAAGGCAACAUGAUAAAGUGGCUUACCCAAGCAGAUGGAAAGGUGUUUCACAAAGGAUAAGUGGAGAAGAUCAUUGAAGAGGUUCUAGAUGAGCUGAAGAUUUUUCUGCAAUUCAAAUAAAAGAUAUUAAAAUAUGACGGCUUUAGUGUCUAGGAAUGGACACCAAGAAAACCAAAAAAUUUUCUCAGAUAUGAUUUGGAAAUGUUAUUGACAUUUGAUUUAGGUUUCUCAAGGUAAUAUAAACUCUAAUAGAAAAAAUCAAAUUAGUUUAAUAGUAGGAAGAA